GCCGAGCGGAGCGGAGCGGCGGGGCCGCCUCCUCCUCCUCCUCAGCGCCCAGGCAGCGGCGGCCGAGCGGGAUCGCCGGCGAUGGCUGAGCUCAAGUCGCUGGGCAGCGAGGCGUACCUGGCGCUGGCCCCGGGCUACGGGCCCUCGGCUUUCGCCUACGGAGCCGUGCGAGGGGGCGCCGAGGGCCCGCGGGGCCCCUACGCGGGGAGCGGCGGGGCGGACUUCCACGCCGGGGCAAUGGGCAAGUCGGCGGAGAGCAGCGGCGAGCAGAGCGGAGACGAGGAGGACGGCUUCGAGGCGGGCGUGAAGGGCGGCUCGGGCUUCGAGCGAGAGGGGAAGCUGAAGGGGGGAGCCCUGGGCAAGAAACCCAAGGAGCAGCGCUCGCUGCGCCUCAGCAUCAACGCGAGGGAGCGGCGGCGGAUGCACGACCUGAACGACGCGCUGGACGGGCUGCGCUCCGUCAUCCCCUACGCCCACAGCCCCUCGGUGCGGAAACUCUCCAAAAUCGCCACGCUGCUCCUGGCCAAGAACUACAUCCUCAUGCAGGCGCAGGCCCUGGAGGAGAUGCGGCGGCUGGUGGCCUACCUGAACCAGGGCCAGGCGCUGAGCGCCCCGCUGCCCGCCACCCUCAACCCCUUCGGACAGUCGCCCGUGUACCCCUUCGGCGGCGCGGCCGUGCCCGGCUGCCCCGAGAAAUGCACUGCCUUCACAGGAGCCGCCUCCGCCCUCUGCAAACACUGUAACGACAAGCCUUGACUUCUGCCUUCUUCCGCCUUUUCCUUUCUUUUGCUUUAGUUUUGGGUUAUUUUUUUGUUUUGGGUUGGGUUUUUUUUCUUUUGUUUUGUUUUUGUUUUUUUGGUUGGUUGGUUUGGUUCUUUUCCGUGCACUUUUCUUUCCACUGCCAUCAGCCCUGGCUUCCUUCCAUCAGUUAAGUCUGGGCUUUCUUUUUUGUUCUUCUCUUAAAUACCACCCCCUCCCCAUUUGGAAAUAUUUGGCAGUUCACGUGGACCCCCCAAAACACCCACUUUCUACUUUAUUUAGUUCCCCCUCACAUGCAACUUCAUCUGUAGAGUUAUUUCCUUCCCAGCCUGUCAGUGGAUUGUGAGCGUAAUGUUGCUUUUCGCUUGCUCUGAGCUACAAAGUUUUUGUGCAGUUUUGAAACAGAACUACAGAAAAACAGAGAGGGAGAGAGAUCUGGAAAUGGAAACCUCAGCGAAUUUGCCUUGGCAUGAUCGACCUGUGUUAAAAAUAGAUUUAAAGGAGGGAGGGGAAGCAAAAUCCAGCUGCAAACUAUGCAAUGUUUGAGAAUCAUGGGCGGAGGGGAUUCUGUGUAGCCAGCUGGGGUUGGACUGCACCCGCAAAUCCAAAUGGAAAUCAUUUGGUCAGUGCUCACGGGAGGGGGGUUGUCCAGUACCCUUGCUUAAAACAGUUGAUGCUUCAAAGUAAGAUGCUUUUUUUUUUUUCUCUCUUAAA